GUUUUUUAUAAAAAGCUUCACAUAAGACAGGAAACUGAAGGAGUCAAUGCUGACUCACUGGAGUUGUUGCAAAACAUUUAUUAAUACACAGAACUGUAGAUGAGAAGAGAGAUCACUGGGCAGCUGAGAAGCUAAAACAUAUUUUUUUAAGGGCAAACAAAAAGUUGUUACUGGAGCCUGGAGACUGCAAGAGAAUAAUUGAUGAGUGCUGGCAUUCGAUAUUUGAAGCAAAAUAUUUCAUAAAGAUUAAAGCAUGAUCAUGGAUUGUCGAAAUGCUAUCGCAGCUGCCUUUCUCUUGUGCAACAUAGUAGUUACAGCUCUGGCAAACCAAAUAGCAAUACAUGUUGUAAACAAGACUGGAGAAUGUGCCAUACUGCCAUGCAAAUACAACAAACCAAAGACUGACUCCCACCAUGGACUGGAUAUAGAAUGGGAGUUCAAAGGCAAGGUGAUAAUUACACUAUCAGGAUGGGCUGUUUAUUUUUAUCAACAUGAUUUCAAAGACCGACUAGCCUUCUUGUAUGACAAUGGCUCAAAUGAAGAUGCCUCCCUCCUUAUCACCUCCCUUAAAGUGAAUGACUCUGGAACUUACAACUGUAAAGUGAAGCAAGGGCCAAAUCUUACACAGUCCACUGUUAAUUUAACAGUUAUUCCAGAGACAAAUUCAUCUUCAGAAAAUGCAAUCAUUUCAGAUGGCUACACAAAUGUGAAUACCAGAAAGACAAAUUCAUCUUCAGAAAAUGCAAGCAUUUCAGAUGGCCACACAAAUGUGAAUACCAGAAAUCAGACAAAUCUAUUAAAAGCCAUCUUAAUUCCUCUGAUAAUUCUGCUAAUAAUCCUAGUACCUGCAAUUUAUAUUUGGCAUCGCAAAAAGAAUGCUUCUGCCAAGAAAAGGUAUUUUUCAUACCCAAAACGCAUAACACAAACAAAAGACAAGGUAAGCAAUUACUUAGUCUGUCUCAUUUCAUUUCUGUUUUUAAGCAAGUAA